GGAGGUUAAUGUGAAAGGCAAGAUGGCAGCAGCCUGUACAAGAUUGCUGGGUCAGAUCGGGCGGCAUGCUCUCCUGACACAGAGCUGUAGCACCGGGAACUUGACAGCACUCCCACCUCGAAUCUCUCGGCUGGGGGGCGUAAGGGCUUACGGAACCGGUGGCACGGGGUAUAGGAGUAAACUGUUUAAUUCUCCCCCACUAAGAUUCGGGGGGCGAACCCUGGGAUGUGCUUUCUUGUUGGGAGGUGGAUUCGGCUUGUACCAGACGAUAAAAUUCACUUUUCAGCGUCAGUUCGCAGACCAAACGACAGACGCACCCGAGAGAGAGCCUGCAUUGACCCUGUAUCAAUACAAGACCUGUCCAUUCUGCAGUAAGGUGCGAGCCUUUCUCGACUACAGUGGACUUCCUUAUCAAAUUGUGGAGGUCAACCCUGUCAUCCGUCAGGAGAUCAAGUGGUCAAAGUAUAGGAAAGUGCCCAUCCUGAUGGUAGAUGACACUGUGCAACUGAAUGAUUCUUCUGUAAUAAUCAGUACUCUGAAGACAUUCUUGGUCAGCAAGGAGAAGACAAUUCCUCAGAUUCUUAUCUGCUACCCAGAAAUGAAGUCCACAAAUGAUAGAGGAAAAGAGGUGAUAGAGUACAAUAACAAGUACUGGGUGAUGCUGAGUGAAAGUGAAGGAGACCAGCUCUACCAAGAAAAGGGGUCAAGAAAGGAGGAGAUGAAGUGGCGCCAAUGGGCAGAUGAUUGGCUGGUGCACCUAAUUUCCCCAAAUGUGUAUAGGACCCCCAGUGAGUCUCUGGCCUCCUUUGACUACAUAGUACGGGAAGGCAAGUUUGGCACAUUUGAGGGCUUCUUUGCCAAAUAUGUGGGGGCGCUUGCCAUGUUCCUCAUUUCAAAGAGACUGAAAAGGAGACACAACUUGCAGGACGACGUGAGACAGGACUUGUAUACGGCAGUGAAUGACUGGGUGUCCGCCAUUGGCAAGACCAGGAAGUUCAUGGGUGGGGAGCAGCCUAACCUGGCAGACCUGGCAGUAUUUGGGGUCCUCAGAGUGAUGGAGGGACUGCAGUCCUUUGAUGACAUGAUGGAGAACACCAAGGUGAAAUACUGGUAUCGGCGCAUGGAGAGAGCUGUCCAGCAUAAAGGACAAAACUGACAAUAACAUUGCUGGGUUCAGAACACAGCAGAGCUAGUCAAAUGGAAAUCCUUCACCGCUCUGAAACAACUAAAUCGGUUUUCCCUGGACCUGCAACAGUCACUGGAACAAUUUAUUUUGCUUUAAGGACAAAUGUGGUCCUUUUUUUUGAGGGAAUUUUAUUUUUUGUUUUACUGGUGGUCAAUUCAGGCAGUGGCAUCUUGGUGGCGCUGCUCCUCUGGUUUGUUGAGGCUAAAGCAAAUCUGCUCUGUCAGAUUAAUAUCAUUUGAAAAUGUAUGUCAAUGGAAUACCUUUGAAUUGUUCUUUUACAAGCUAUGAUUUUUUUUGUUCCUGGAUUACAGCUUUAGAGCUUUCGGGCUAAUUUUGAAACGUAAUGCAUUCUAAGAAUAAUAUGCAACUUCGUCACAUGAGCAUAGGCCAACUCGAAAGCAAUUGAUUUUGUUUGGCCUUGUGGCAAGAAGCUUGUAUCGAAUUAAAUUGACUUGAUGCACUGUUUCCUGAAUAUUUAUUGAUACUUUCCAUCACAGUCUUUCCGCUCUUGUCGUCGGGUUGCUGUAAAGACUGUUUUUCACAUUUGAAUGUGUUCUUUCAUUACCAUUAGACAGGAAAUAUUUUGAUCUCCAGUUUCAUGAUUAACAUGGUAAUUCUGAGCUAUCCAGGGAACAAUCCCAUUGGAUCCCAUUAUCAGCUGGCUGUGACCACAUCACUUAUUGGCCUUUAAUUCUUGUUGUUACUGUCAAACUGUUAUAGGCCUCCAUAUGAGGGAACGGUACUCCUGUCAUUGUGCAAAAAAUAUAUAACAUAACAUAAUUUACACAAAUGGCAAGUAAAUAUUUACUGUAUUAAAACUGUGAACAUGUUGAGAGCAACAUGUUUUUGAGUCCACACUAUGUAAAGCAUACAGAAGAGACAUGAUGUGAAUAGUGUGAAAUUGCUCGCCUUUCCCCCUCUGAUACCACGGUGAUGCUGAAAUGAUGCAGGUGUAUGAAACCUCAGCAAGGUAUGUGAUAACCUAGGGUGUUUCUGUUGGUCCUUCUUUUGGUGCUUUUUGGAGUAUCGGAGCAUAAACAUUUUGAAAUUUAGGAUACUGAUAUCUGAUAUGUAGAGAUACUCACAAUGAAAUAAAAUUGGAAAGUCUAUCCAAGAA